AUGUGUCAAUUCGUCCUGAUUGAGUACCGUUGCGGUCACUCCGAGAUCACCACGGGUCCGAUCUGCCAGCCAAUGUUCAUCAGGCUGGCCGGCAUCAAUAUCGACACUAAUUCGUGGACCAUUGAAGGCUUCCAGCGCCUUCAGCUCGAGCUGCCUGCUGCUUGCAUUCCCAAUGGCCAGAACACGACUCGCGUUGUCUCCAACCACUGGUGUGGCUGGGAAUGCGAGAACACGUUCUACGUCGACCUUGCGUCCGCAGCUUCCUCAGGCCGCCUCAUAACGCAGCAGCUUGCUGCCCUUGGUAUCGGCAUCCAGGGAGUUAACGGCACCCAGAUCCUUAGCAGCGCCCCUCCUCAGCCUCAAAUUCAGAGCCAUACCCAGCCUCAAAUCCAGAGUCACUCCCAGGCUCAGGUCGAGGAUAAGGCCACUGUCCAGCAUACGGUCUCCAGCUCUACCCAGACUGUUCAGGUUCAGAACCAGAAUCGUGCUACUCAGACUCAGGCCCAGGGUCCUCGCUCUUCUCAGACCCAGACUCAGGUAAUCCAUCCUCGCGCCAAAGUCCAGGCCCAGGCCCAGACUCAGGCACAGGCUCAACCCAAGAUGCAAGUCACCCACCCCAUCCAAGACCAAGCCAAGAUGCAGGUUACCUACCCCAUCCGGGACCGAGCCAAGACCGAGGCCCCCAAGAGUCAGCCCCAGGAGGCAAAGACCACCCACGCCAUGGACCGCUCUACCCAGCCCCAAGCUACCUGGCCUCCCUCGUGGCUCCCCGCCAUGGCUCCAGCCUCUGACAUGAGCAGCAUCAGCGGCCGCCAGGACAACAGCAGUCGCAACACUCCCACCGAAAGCUACGGUUCCGGAACAGGCAGUGGUCGCAGCGACUACACCGGCCCCGGCAAUGGCUUGCUCAAUGCUAUUCGCGAACAUGAGCUUGACCGUGCCCGUGAUAGUGGUGCCGGUACCGGUAACAACACUGGUGUGGGUAACAACACCGGUACCGGUAACUAUACUGGUAUCGGUAACUACACUGGUACCGGUAACAGCACUAGUACCGGUAGCAACACUGGUUACUAUACGGGUAACCAGGCUGGUAGCCACACUGGUAGCCAUACUGGUACCGGUAACCGCACUGGUAACUACAUGAGUAACUAUCCUGGCAGCUACACUAGUAACUACACUGGUAGUCACACUGGUAACUACACUAGUACUGGUAGCCACACCGGUAUCGGUAGCCACACCGGUGCGGGUAGCUACACCGGCACCGGUAGCUACGGUAACUACACUGGCACCGGUGGUUACGGUAACUACACUAGUACCGGUAACAACACUGGUAACAGCACCGGCGGUGCCCGUCUUACCGGCAACAUCGGCAGUACUCGCAACGUCAACAACACCAGCGACGCCAGCCGCAUCGGCACCAACAGCAACAAUGCGCCGUACUACCACCCGGGCACGGAAAGCCAGCCAUACUACUACAACCAGUACAUCGGCGGCGCCCCGACCUCUAGCGCCAACGACAACGGUAUGCCCGGCAACGGUCCUACCUACCCUCAGUCCAUCUCGGAGUUCGGCACCGCCCACAGAUUCGCGCGUAUCCGACAGCCGCACACCCAACCUCGUGGCGCUCCACUCGGCACGGCGGGAACAAGUCGAAUGGGAACCGAGACGCAGGAUCUGACUAACGCCCAGCGCGAAAUCAUGACCCGUCGCGUGCGUACUCAACUGUCUCCGACUCCCCACUCCCAGAUGGAGGAUGAAAAGGACGACCAUUCUACCAAGUGUGACGACGGCUCUGAUUCUGACGAUUCCGAUGACUCUGAUGAUCGUGUUCUGGUUACUAUGAGCGCGGAAAACAUGGCUGACGGCGAUGUGUUUAACUAA